AUGUCUUUUCAGGAUCAAAAUAAGGCAAGAUUCUUCCUUCUUCGUUCAGACGUCAGUAAUGCGACACAAUUACCAUAUAUCUCAAGUGCACAAGAAGAGAGGAUAUCAAAAGAAUUGAUACCAUUAGCUGCAGCCAUCUUGGUAGCAAAUGAGCAAAUGCCGUCAAAUAAAAGGAAUAACAACAACAAUUCAAAUGAUACAGACAGCCUAAAGAGCUUUUCGUCAUGGUUAUGUUUUGAUGAGGAAGAAGAAAAGAAGAAAGAUAAUAAUGAACCUGUUUCUUAUCAAGAUAAGAAAGAAUAA